UCGUUAGGGUUAGGGCUUACAGACAGAGGAAGAGGAGGAAGGGUCAUCAGCCAUGGCGGCUACUGCUGACUCCGUACAAUGCUUUGGGCGGAAGAAGACCGCCGUUGCGGUUACUCACUGCAAGCGUGGGAGAGGUUUGAUCAAGAUCAAUGGCUGCCCGAUUGAGUUGGUGGAGCCGGAGAUCCUCCGCUACAAGGCCUACGAGCCGAUCCUUCUGCUCGGACGUCAACGCUUUGCCGGUGUCGACAUGAGGAUCAGAGUAAAGGGUGGAGGUCACACUUCUCAGAUCUACGCGAUUCGUCAGAGUAUCGCUAAGGCUUUGGUCGCUUACUACCAGAAAUACGUGGACGAGCAGUCGAAGAAGGAGAUCAAAGAUAUCCUCAUCAGGUAUGAUCGAACGCUCUUAGUUGCAGAUCCCAGGCGGUGCGAGCCCAAGAAGUUCGGUGGUCGCGGUGCUCGUUCGCGGUUCCAGAAGUCCUACCGUUAAGCAAAGAGAACAGGGGAUGGAAGAUUUGUCUGCAGAGAUUUUUCAUGAGUCGCGACUUGCUUGCGCUUUUUUCGUUUGUUAUGUUUAAGAUUGGCUAGUGUUUCUCUAGCAAUUGAACUUCAGAUAUUAGUUGUUUUCAACUAUGUUUUAAUCAGUAAUUUUAAACAAUUUUGC